CCAAAAAUGAAGCCUAUAAACUAAACAAAGACCUAGGUCUCGAUGCGCAUCACAGCGGGAGGACACUCCGAUGCGGAUGUGAUGUUCGAUAGAACUGUAGAAGACGGGGAUCGAUCUUCUCCACGACUAUGGCUCUGCUGGCAUCAUCUAAAGGGGUGCAGAUAUCAGUGCCGGUACUCGUUCUAGCCGCUGCUGCAGCUGCAGCCCUCUUCUUCUUUCUCUUCUCCUCUCUUUCUUCGCCAUCAUCUACCGCUUCCUGUUCAUGCCCUACUUCCGCCGACCGUGUUGCCUCUAACGCUGGCAGUGGCUUGUACGUUGCUAGACAUGAGGAGCAGAUCUCGGCGUCGGCAGAGGACAUCCAGUGGUUGAAGGGACAGAUCGAGAACAACGGACUCCAUAUGAGGCAAAAUGUGCUCCGUAAAGGGAUUAACCCUCGCACUCGCGAGCAACAGCUCCAGGAUCUUCUUCAGUUCAAGGGCAUAUCACAUUAUGAAGGAGAGGAAGCAAAUAAUCACACUGCUCUCCCUUGUCCAGGUGAGCUCCUUGUAGAAGAACACCACAGCAAUUACGGGGAGCCUUGGGCAGGAGGGAGAGAUGUGUUUGAAUUUCUCGCAAAAUCUGUCCAUCUAUCUCCAAACUCUAAAGUGUUGGAAAUUGGAUGUGGGACCCUUCGUGUUGGGCUGCAUUUUAUACGGUACUUGAAUUCAGAGAAGUACAACUGUCUGGAAAGAGAUGAGCUGUCCUUGAUGGCUGCAUUGAGGUAUGAGCUUCCAUCCCAAGGGUUAUUAUCUAAGCGUCCUCUCAUUUUAAGAGGUGAAGACAUGGAGUUUAGUAAGUUUGGAUCUGAAACUAUGUAUGAUUUGAUAUACGCAAGUGCUGUAUUCCUGCAUAUUCCAGACAAGCUUGUUUGGGUUGGGUUAGAGAGGCUUGCUGGUAAAUUAAAACCAUUGGGAGGUCGUAUAUUUGUCUCCCACAAUAUAAAGUUCUGUUCGAGACUAGGAGGAGACGAAUGUACAAAAAGAUUAGGUAAUAUCGGCCUUGAGUACCUUGGGAAGCACACUCAUGAUAGUUUACUUUUCAACCAUUACGAGAUUUGGUUUGAGUUUAGGAGGUUCAAGGAAUAACAAGAGCUUGCUAUGAGUUGCAGUUUCAUUUACUCUUCUCAGGGGAGGGUCUUGUUUCAUUAUAUGGAAGUUACUGAACUAGAUUGGUCUGACUACAUUACCCUUUCACCGUUGUACCUUGGCAAAAUUAAAAGUUGUAUUGGCACAGAUAGUUGUAGAUAUUCAGAUGGAGUGUGAUGAAUCACAAUCUUGAAGGAGAAUUGGACAAUGUGCUUAUGAUCAUGUUGUCUUUGUUCUUUUAAUGGACGAAGCAUCACCAGAAGCUGAUUCCUCUGUGCACUGUUUUGCACUUCUUCGUAGUCCAAGAGAAGGACGGUCAUCAAUAUGACAAUAUAUAGUUAAUAUGUAAGGUUCUGUUCUGAAAUUGCGCUGGAGAGUACUGUGUUUUGUAGUUUGUUCUUUGUGAAGUUUGUUCUACAAAGCUUGGGAAAAGUAGUUAUAUAGAGAAUCAUAUCUUAGAUUCUUAGAAAAGGUUUUUCUGUAGGAUGAGUUUUUUUUGUAAGAUAAGAUAUUAUAUUCUUUAUCCAUUUUUUCUUGUGAUUACUUUGAUGUCUGUUAAUUGAUUGAUGUCCGUAUCAACUAUCAUCGUUGUGUAGCCUUGGGUAAACGAUACUAUUGUAACUUAUUGUUGUCUUAGGCCGAUAUAAUCAUAUAAGAUACGG